AUGCGCCGCACCGCAUUGCGGGCCAUCGAGUCCGCGAAGCCAUUGGCUAGAGCUCCUCGCGCUGUGUCAAGAAGCUUCUCUACCGCCAACGAGGCCGCUAAGGACCCUGCCGAUUUGGAACAGAUUACCACACUUCCCAAUGGAGUCCGUGUCGCUACGGAAUCUUUACCGGGUCCCUUCGCUGGUGUUGGAGUAUACGUCGAUGCCGGAUCUCGCUACGAAGAUGCAAGCCUGCGGGGUGUCAGUCACAUCAUGGAUCGUCUUGCCUUCAAGUCCACCAAGGCGCGCUCUGGGGACCAGAUGCUUGAGGUUCUCGAAUCUCUCGGCGGUAACAUUCAGUGCGCCUCAUCCCGAGAGUCAUUGAUGUACCAGUCUGCCAGUUUCAAUUCAGCAGUCCCUACCACGCUCGGUUUGCUCGCAGAGACUAUUCGUGAUCCCCUCAUCACCGACGAGGAAGUCCUUCAACAACUCGCAACGGCGGAAUACGAGAUCGGCGAAAUCUGGGCUAAGCCUGAGCUCAUCCUUCCAGAGUUGGUGCACAUGACCGCUUAUGCCGACAACACCCUUGGAAACCCCCUUUUGUGCCCGGAGGAGCGAUUGGGUGAAAUCAACAAGGCUGUGGUAGAACGCUAUCGGGAAGUCUUCUUCAACCCUGACCGCAUGGUGGUUGCUUUCGCCGGAGUACCUCAUGCGGAGGCCGUCAAGCUCACCGAGCAAUACUUCGGUGACAUGAAGGCCCGCGACAACAGCAAGUCCAAGGGUCCCGUUCUGUCGGGCAGUGGAAUCGAAACAACCCUCUCGGAUUCACCGCAGGCUGCCCACGAAGGCCAAGUCCCGACCGUCCCUUCGUUCACACCAUCAUCAACUAUCACCAGCCCGGCGGCUUCACAAAACACACAAUCCUCGCUUUUGUCGAAGCUUCCAUUCCUUAAGAACCUGACCUCCAACAAGCAGAGCGCAGUUGAACCCCUCCACCCAUCUCUGGUUGAGCCCUCUGCUUUGGAUCUCCGUCAGCCCGCUCACUACACUGGUGGAUUUAUCGCUCUUCCCCCUAUCCCCCCACCAGCGAGCCCGAUGCUCCCCCGACUGAGUCACAUCCACCUUGCAUUCGAGGCUCUUCCCAUCUCCUCGCCCGAUAUCUAUGCUCUCGCCACACUUCAGACUCUGCUGGGUGGUGGUGGUUCAUUCUCGGCUGGUGGCCCCGGAAAGGGCAUGUAUUCGCGUCUUUACACCAACGUUCUGAACCAGCACGGUUGGGUGGAGAGCUGCAUUGCUUUCAACCACAGCUACACCGAUAGCGGAAUCUUCGGAAUCACCGCGUCGUGCAGCCCAACCCGGACAACAGAGAUGCUCGAGGUCAUGUGCCGUGAGCUUCAAUCUCUCACUUUGGAUACUGGCUUCUCCGCGCUACAAGCACAAGAGGUCAACCGAGCGAAGAACCAACUGCGCUCCUCGUUGCUGAUGAACCUGGAGUCUCGCAUGGUCGAACUCGAGGAUCUGGGUCGCCAGGUCCAGGUCCAUGGCCGCAAGGUCAGUGUGAGGGAAAUGUGUGAGCAAAUCGAUGCUCUCACUGUGGAGGAUCUCCGUCGUGUAGCUCGCCAAGUCUUUGGCGGCCAGGUUCACAACAAGGGCCAGGGUACUGGACAGCCCACCGUUGUCCUGCAGGAGGGCGAAUUGGAGGGCUACAAGCUCCGAUCCUUCCCCUGGGAAGAGAUCCAGGAACGCAUCGCCCGGUGGAAGCUUGGCCGGAGGUAA